AUACGUCAGUCACAGAUCAUCGUCGUGGGCGCACAUCCCCACACACGGAUCUGUUGUCAUCAAAAGCUAAACGCGAGCAGGCGCUACGCAACAUUCUCACUGCAAGAAGGCGACAGAUUCUGAAUCAACGCUCACAUCAUGAAGCCCAUCGGAUUCUCUCGAGUCGUAGACCACGACCUGGCGAUAUCAUCUCGAAGGGUCUUCCAGACAUCCUCGAAACCCAAGAGACUAGGCACGACAUUUACGUCGCAAACGCGCGAACGGAAGUGUCAGUGGAAGAGGAAACUCCGCAAUCGUCGAGAAAAUCAAUCGAAAAAGUUGUUUCCACGAUCAAUCUCGAUGCCAUGAAAGUAGAGAUAGAACCGCAAAUCGCGAAAACACUUAAAGACGAAGCUCUGUUGACGUCGACGACCGAGCAGUAUGAGAAUAUUUCUUCCACAUUUUCUUCAGUCGCUCUAACGCCGACUAUGUUGACCAAUCAAAAAUUGGGAGACGCGGAUACGCGCAAGAAGAAUACUGUAUCGAUGCCGGAGUCAUUAUACAACCACUUCCGGCCAGUGGAGAGAAAUAUUCCGGUGGAAGAUAUGUCGCAGUUUCUUUAUUUCGGCCAGAAACUUCAGCGGGAAAACGUCACCAAUAGCAGUAACAAUAAUUCCGUCGAGACGACAUCGACGAACCCGACUUCUUCGCGCAGAAGAUAUUCCACAAAGAGAUUCAGUCCGACAAUAGCCACGCCUGUAGAGGAGAUUAUGAAUGAAGAGAUGAAUAUUGCGUUAGAAACGUUAGAACGACGGACGAUCGAGAAGAAUCAAGUAUCGAGGAUUAAGAACAUGUUUAGGAGCUCGAGUAAUGGGCUGUAUUACCGGAAGCCGAGGCCUACAGCGGACGUCGUAUCUAACGUCAUUCCAGGGAACGAGUCGAGCCCCGGUAUCGUUAGCGGAUCGGAAACGAGGAGCGAAAUGAAUGCGGUAGACGACAAAUUCCACCGCGGCGACCCGUCCACUCACGCGGACGGGACCCGCGAUCGAGUUCCGCAAGAGAGAGGAAACGCAACCCACGUCACCGAGGCGAGCACAACGACCCAGAUAUCGCGACAACGUCAGUCUGAUGACGAUAUCGAAGCGAAGAUCGUCGUGGAGAGUGAAAUCGACGCGAAACUCUCGAACGGGACAAUCGCAGCUUUAAAUGGAACCGCCGAGAGGACGACGAACGAUUUUGGGAAGGACAAUGAGAAGAAGAAAGUCACCGAAAUGAAGACGGAAGUAGGGAAUGCGGAGAAAUCGGAGCAUAAGUUAACGAAUGCCGAGCGGACAGUGUCAACAUUGCAGAGAACGGGCGCGAGGCCUCAAGAGAGCGACAACACUGAGACAAUAUCGCUACCAUCGCGGACGGAGUCGUCGACGCUGCGAAUCGUGGUGCCGGAUGACAGCUUGGGACUCUCGAGUUUCGCGAUCGAGGGCGAGCGGACCCAUCGCAAUACCGUUAAGCAGCAACCGGUCACGGAUCCCGUCGCGGAUCGACCGGUUCGCGUGUUGACCGGCGGCGAUAUUGCUCCGAAAUCAUCGCCGUUAUCGACGUCGCCCUUGACGACGGAGUCAUCGGCACCUGCCCUCGUUGACUCAGAUCAACAGCCUCAACAGCAGCAGCAACAGCAACAUCCGCAGCAACACGUGUACGCUUAUACGAUAACGAACGUGACGCGAUUGUUGCGCAACUACACCGGACCUGGAUUAAGCGGCGAAGAGGAAAGGCAAGGAGGAGGUAGUGUUGGCCGUCGUGCUAGUAGCGGUGCCGAGAUAACGAGCGGUGGACCGUCGCAGCAGCGGCCUCAGCAGCAGCAGCAGCAACCACCGCCGCCGCCGCCGCUGCCGCCGUCUUCUCCUCUUCUGCUUCCUCGUGCCAGCGAUGGCAGUAUAGAACCGGCACGAACGCCGGCGGGACUCAGUGCCGGCGCGACCGUCGAGCCAGCCGCAGCUGCUGGAACGUUACCCAGUGGUGUUGAUGGUCUGGUGGGGGAACGAUCGAGGAAAGCCGUUCCACAACAGCAACGAACGGCCAGCCAAGGAACAGCAGCGACCUGGUCCUCGUCGCAUUCAGCCGCGAAUGAUAGCGUUAUCUCGCCGACGAGAUCCGUUAAAUCGCCGGAGAUCGGAAACAGAGGAUCGGUCAGGUGGAACAACACCAAGUCGCGGACAGGACUUGGCGAGCAGGAAGGUGCUAAUGAUCGGAGAUUCUUAAGGAAGAGCGCCAGCGCGGUGUUAAAUCAAAGAUCGACUGUCAACGAAGAAUCUUCGUCUCUGGCGCCGAGCAAACGCCGCAGAGUGUUGGCUUCUCCGAGCGGGGUAUCUUCUUCAAACGGUACCAGGAGGGUGAAGUCCGGUGAAGAGAAGAUUGAGAGUGCUCAGGAUAAAUUAGUGGUAAACGAUCGGUCGUCGAACGGGACGCGGGUUGCGGAUCGCGGGAAAGUUUCGGACGAUGAAGUGCCAGGUGUCGAUUCUUUUUCGAAAGUUUCGCGUACGAGCGGGGUGAACGAAGUGCCGAGAAACAGUAGUUCGCAAAAAACUACCGUCAUGGGAAUCUUGAGUCAAAAUUCGAGUGCAACUGACGAGACGAUGGACGCGACCGAGCCGUCCGUCCUCGUUGACGCGAUCACGACGACGGAGGUGGAAAAGUCUCACGUUCUUGAGGAGGAUAUUGUUACUGCGUCAAGUUUAAACAAUGAAACCGAUAUCAGGAGCAAUGUUGAAGACGAUCAAGGUGUCGUGAUGCUGAACAAGACCGAGAGUGACGUAAACGCAACAACGGACGGUAUUAUCGAGACGACCGUGACAGUGACCGAGCAAGUCGAUAAAAUUGUCGAGAUUACAACGACGCCGACAUCGACGACGACAUCGACGUCGACGACAAUGCUGACGGCACCAGUUUUCCCGGUCACGCCUAGAAUACUGACGGAAGUGGAAAAGACUACCGAUCCGGAGACUCAUACCUUGAGGUCGACGGACAUUGCAAAAGAGGCGAACAAUCUGGAUCCAUCAGAGAUCCAGAAGAGAUAUCGAGCUAAAGACGCGACGACGACAUCAACAACGACGACGACGACAGUUUCGCCGAUUCAGAAUGGCACUCAUGUGGACGAGGCUUCGAGCAGAAAGUCGAAAGUCCUACCUACCUCAUCGACGCCCACGGUAACGGAGAACGGGAAACGCGUGUCCGGUGAGAGAUCGCCGGAAGUCAGAGCGCGUAAUUUAUCGGACAAAUCGAAAGACAAGGACGAUGUGCUGCCGAUCAUGCAUCUGUACAACACGUCGGAUAUCUUCAACGGGAGCGGGUCGAUGGACGGGCUCGCUCGCGACACGGAACGACCGUCGGUAGUGCUUCCGGUGGAUUCUGAAUUGCAGAACGAAGACAGUCCUGCGACGACGAUGAUAACGGUGAUAACGACGACGACGACGACGACGACGACGACGACGACAACCACGGAGAAGACGCCCGAAAUGAUGGUGACUAUCAACAACACGGAAAUCAGUAGAGAUACAUCGAUUACCGUUCCCGUUCCCAAGUUCAAGGAAUCCACCGUAAUUCCAACGAAUUCCCGAAAGGACAAACCUGAGGAAAAUCGCGAAUCCCAGGAUACUGUUGUCCCUCCAGGGUUCAAAGGCUCCUCUUUCACGCCUACGGCCAACAGAACGAGGUACAGGCCUGCCUAUCAUCAUUCGAUCCUGCCGGAGUACAACGGCACAAUGUAUCAUCCCGGUGGGCUCAACAGGACGUUCUUCGAGACCGGCGAGCCGAUUUCAGUGAGCCCGCGGGAAUCGAUGAACGUCAGUGAGGUGAUACUGAAGCGGCACGACGGCGACGCGAUCGCCACUCAGGAGACAGUCGCCGUCGUCGGCUAUAUCCUCGCCACUCUCGUCGUCUUUCCCAUCGCCGUCGGCGUCGGGCUCAUUCUCAGAAGACUGAUACUUAGGAAUCGUAAGGUGCUCGAGGAGUCGGACACGUCAUCGGAGAUAAGCUGUAGGAAGGACGCUCUUAAUCUCGAAAACGGCGACUUCAAGACGUCCAUCGAGAAGGCGAUCACAAAGCUACCGAGAAUACAGCACUUGUGUCACGAAGCUGAGAAACCGCCGCCUCCGCCAUCCCAAGAAUCCAGAUGGGAGUUUCCUAGAGAUAAGCUUAGAUUACAGACAGUCCUCGGGCAAGGAAACUUCGGCCAGGUGUGGAAGGCCGAAGCCGAUGAUUUGACAGGUCAUCAAGGCACGACCCGAUUAGUGGCAGUAAAAACUGUCAAAGAAGGUGCCUCCGAUCGAGAAAAGGAAGACUUAGAUCGAGAACUCGAAAUUAUGAAGCAAUUGGGCAGUCAUCCAAACGUCGUAACACUUCUAGGUUGCUGCACCGAAGAAGAGCCUCAUUAUCUCAUACUGGAGUAUGUCAUGUACGGCAAACUGCUCGCGUAUCUGCGUGAUCACCGCACCAGGCAGUACUUUUACAACUUCAGCGAGGAUUCGGCAGCCUUGACAUCGAGGGAUCUCACGGUUUUCGGAUAUUGUGUGGCCAGAGGCAUGGAGUAUCUUGCAUCAAAAAAGGUACGAAUAUUUUCAAGACAGGUUUCUCGGUAUAUAAACAUUGGCGUUUAUCAAGAUUUAACUCUAAUGAUACAAUUAGACUGA